GACUGUGGCAGUGAGCGGAGCGAACUGAAAGUGAACGGAGCGGCUCCGGUUCUCUCACGUCCUGAAAUGCGCUCAGAGCUGAACACUGAGUCCGUCCGCCGCCCUCACAACAUCUCAUCUCCUUAAUGCGGCGCAGGAAGUCUCUGGAAGCGACACUUUCUCCUCCAGGAACCUCUGAAUGCUGAAUUUUCUCUCUCCGGACACUCAGUCCUCUGUUUCUCUGGCGAGGCCGACCUGACUAAUCAUCCGAGGUGUCAAGCUGGUACCUGUCCGAUGUCCUCUCCUCCCACAGUGUGAUGUGUCAUGGCUCCGGUGCUGAGUGGAGUGUGGUGGGGGCCGGAGGCGGGUGUAGUCGGGUCGGAGACGGCAGCUGGUCCUGGCGUGGCGUCGUGGCUGGGUAGCGGGCAGCUGGUCCUGGUUGUUGCCCUCAGCGUCCUCACUGCUCUGCUGCUGGUCUCUGUGCUGCUGCUGCUGUGUGCUAGCUGCCAGGGGCAGAAGAAAACAGUGAAUGGACAUCCAGCAGGAGACCAUGAGAACCUCAUGAAUGGGGUGUCAGAGAGAGAGACCAUCAGCCAAUCAGCAGACAGUCCAGUGACUGACGUGGCAAUCAGCAGCUCUCACAAUGGUCCUCUCACCAGCGGUACAAUCCUCACAGACACACAGGACACCAGUCCCCAGUUGUCAGAGGAGAUGCUCUCCAGCCAAUCAGAGCUCAGGUCCUCCAAGUGUCCUCAGGACCGCGAGCUUCCCAGCAUCCCUCCCAACAACGCCCUCAUCGGGGACGGACCCCCUGCCUCGGGGGACAGCACCUAUGAGGUGGUGAAGGAGAUGGCGGUGGCGUCCCGUGACGUCAGCGUCGAAGACUCUCUGUACGAGACAGUCAAAGAGCUCAAAGACCCCCCAGUGAAGCUCGGCCUCCCCAACGGUACCGUCCAGCUGAGCCCCGACGAACCCCCGCCUCACCCUCCCGCCCUCCUCAACGGCCACCUCAGCCCCAGCACACCUGAGCGGGGGCCCCUGUGCGCCGGGGUGGAAUACGCCUCAGUCGACCUGAACAAGAAGAGCCGCCACAGCGUCGACAUGGAGGCCAAACGGCGCUCCGAUAACGCCGCCGUUCCCCCACACAAGCCCAUGGAGGAACCGGAGGAGGAUUUGCCUCCACCGGUACCGGAGAAAGUUCUGGAUGAAAACGACAACCAGCCAGUGGUGAUGAAUGGGCUGGUGGGGGCGGGGCUGCACAACGGAGAGUUACACUCCCCUCUGUCUCCUGCACCGGGGUUCGACAACCACGUUCUGUCAGACAAUGAGUCGGCGGUGUACUCUACGGUCAACAAAACAAACUGUGAUGAUGCUGUUAAUGAGGAAGACAAAGAGCACGACUACAGCAGCAUCGCGGAGAUCAAAGGUCUGGUCCCGGCCUCCUCCUCCAGCGACCUCUACGCUACAGUCCGAGACAUCUACAGCCAACCCGAUGAGUCCCAGUCAAGCGGGGAAGACCCCAUCCUGGACAGCACAGAUCCCGGCUACGAAUCCAUCCGCAUCCCAAAGACUAGCAGCUCGGAUGACGACCACAGGGCCGGUCUGGGGGCCGAGGGCUCAGACGUUGCCAAAGCAGAGCCUGAUUACGAGAGCGUUGGAGAGUUGGGUCUGAGCCGGGAAACCUCCCGCCUUUGAGUUUUUCAUCAUCUACAUCUGUGGCAACGCUUCCCCAGCCAGUGCAUCUUACAGGCAUCACUGUAGUGCUUUAAACUUGCUCUCAAGCAUGCUUUUGGUGCAUGACUUGAGGGGAAAAAAUGGCAGAAAAUGGCACACCAGAGCAUCCAUCAUCAAUGCAUGAGCGUCUUCAUUACAGCCUGGGUACGGUUUAUCAUAUCUGAUUAAUUUAUCAAACAAGGUGAAUGUCAUUGGUACUGGUAGGCCUUAACAACACUUGAUCAAAAAAAUCCAAUAAAUGAACUGUCAAAAUAAAUAUCCAAUCACAAAACUCCAUUUUAAAGGUUAGCUGAGGACACGAUCAAUGCCUGUGAUUUAAAAAACAAACACAAAAAGAAUUCAGUGCCAUAUGUUCAUGCAUUUCAUGCACUUACUGUACAUGUGAAGGUAUUAUUAUUUAUACAUCCCAUCUGCAGCUGCUAGUCUCUCCAGCUUUUUCCAGGUGACUCAGUGUCAUGUUUUAUUGAGGUGUCAGAUGGUGUAUUUCGAGGCCGUUCCUUGUCAGGGUUGGCAGCACCUCCGCUGUGCAUUCUCUGCUAGAAAUUCCUGUGAAAAGUGUUCUUGGCACGAAACGAAAAAAGCCAAUCUGAUGUGUGAUUAGCAGAAACAAAGGUAGCAUUUGACAGAUAAAACAAACAGAGACUGCUGCAUACAUGUCCUUUUGCAAAUGUAUGGGCUUUUACAUGUUCCAGGGUCAAACUAUUCAUCUGCAGAUUUGCAUUAUGGAAGCAUUUUUCGAGAUUUUACAGUCCAUGUCAAUGAUUUUUGUGAAAUUCAUAUUUAUUUGAAGAUGCAUAUUGUUAUGUAAUUGUGAAAUGUUGCAGAGUGUGUCUGUGAGAGAAACGUAACUAGGCUUUUAUAGACGUUUCCAGUGGUUUUAUUAAGAUUAAAUGUUGUGAGGAUAACAGCAAUUAGGUACGCUUCCCCUUUGACUAUUUAAAAAAUUCCCUGUUUUAAAAAAAGAAGAUCGUUUUUGUCGUUUUGCACACAAGUCGAAACCAAUUCAGAAGACUUACAAUGUGACAAAAUGACACGAUAAGUUUGUAGUAUUGUAUGUUUUUGUUGAGUCUAACUUCGGUACAAGUCUUCAUUUGGCAUUAAAGCACAGUGUUUAAUAUGACGGUACUGCAUUUAUACACAGGUUAUGAAAAGCAUCAUUACAAGCCAGUUACAUUGCUGCACAAUUUGAACAUCUUAUGCUUUUUAGAAGAGAAAAAAAAACAUAUCUGUCUGUUUGUAGCUUGUACUGACGACAUGCCAACCAAGGCCUGUAUAUAGUUAGAGCACUAUUUUAACCAAUUGUUACUCAAUGGAAAUUUUAUGUAUUUGUACAAAUGUCCAGAGUGGUAUAAUUUUAAAAGAGCACUGAUGUAUGUAUGACUUGCUUUAAGGGAAACCCAGUGUGUCCAAUGUCUUUUUUAUUUUAUUUGGCGUUUUAGCUCUGACAAAUAGUAACCAAGCAGAUGUCAGACACAUGGUACAACUCUUUUGGUACGUAGCAUUUGAAGAAAAGCGUGGUACUUUUAUUAAAAAUAUAUAUAUGUCUGAAUACCGUUGAUUGAUUUUCCAAUUGAAUAGGGCCUGUGCUUUUGUGCUGUAAAUAUAUUUUUCAUUGCUGCAGUAUGUACCUCCUUCCUUAUUCGCCAAAAAAAUUGGUGUCAUCUAUUUCCACCCACGUCAAAAAACUUACAGCAUUACACUAUCUCAAGCCUUAGUUCAUGUUUUAUUAGACAUGCUGGAGCUUGUUGCAGACAAACACAGCCAGUCCGCUCUGACUGGUAGUGGAUUCAUAAAUGAUAGACAUUUGAAAUGCUGUUAUAUCUGUCAGCAUGGCUACACUGAAAGAGGAUUUUAAAUGAAAUCUCUGUGUUUUACAUGGGGGGGGGGGGGGGGGGGGUGUAACGGGGUAGCUCAUUUCUGCAAAGAGGUAAUUGUCAAUGUUCACUUAACCCUCCUGCUGUCUUCAUUUACGGACACCAAAAAAAUAUUGUUUCCUUGUCUGAAAUAAAUUCAGCAAUAAAAUUCCCCAAAUUUUCAGGAAGACAAUUCCAAUAAUUCCUUAAAAGUUUCCCUUGAAAGUUUUAUUUAAAAAAUUCCCCAAAUUUGGCAAGAGAAUUCUUGUAAAUAUUUUCAAAAAAUGAGUGAAAAUCUUCCAAAAAAAAUCCUAAAAAUAUCUAAAAUAUCAAUGUCGGUCAUAUAAAAAUCAACCAAAAUCGCUGGAUUUUGGUUGAUUUUUAUGUGAAUGUUCUUAAAGAAGCAUUUUUAACAUUUCUUUUUUUCCACCAAAAAAUAUUGAAAGAUUUCCCAAAAAUGUGGAAAAUGUGGACAUCAGAAGUUUCACUGUGAAAAUAUAUAUAUUUUUUCAACAUUUUCAAACUUUAAAACGGAUCAAUUUUGACCCGCAGGACAACACGAGGGCCAAAAAAAAAAUAAUGAAAAGAACAUGAACAUUUUAAUGCACUGUCAAGUGACACAACUGCAUAUCAGUGUGGUACCAUCAGAUACGUAUAAUAGUGUUCACAGAGUGCUAUAAAUGACCUCUAAGGAAAUGAUCUGCCAAAGGGGGACGUUUUAGUGCCAAAUCUAAUCAGGACAACACACACGGACACAGUUAAUAGAUACUUAGCUAAAAUCACUUAUUCUCUCGAGCUACCUAUGUCGGUCAUAUAAACACACACACACACACACACACACACACACACACACACACACACACACACACACACACACACACACUCCCCUCAAGGGAAUGGGGGUGUGGUAGGGGUCCAGAGAAGCUCCCUCGCUGCUCCACUCCUCCCCUAAUGAGAUCAUUUGUUCCCCCCGUUACAUCCAGCCGACGACUCGCUGGUGACACCCGCCUUUGAUCAAAGGGCAAAGCCUGUUUUGGCAGUUAUGGCCACAUCUGUCACUCCACUCUGUCCGGUUUCCAUUCUCUGCAUGUAAAUAUUUUAUGACAUGAAUUGUUCUAUUAAAAUAUAAAUUUAAUAAA